AUGCUGAGCAAGGCCGUCUUGUACGUCAAGCUCGUGUGCAUCUUCGCCCGCAUCAUGGGCGGGGAGAUCCGCCGACUGCUGCGCUUCCGGCGCGUCCGCAACCAGGCGAAGAAGACGGGCUCGACACCGUCCGGCGAGCGCACGCACAACAUCGUUGUCAUCGGCGCCUCGUUUGCGGGCCACUACGCGGCGCGCAUCCUGGCGCGCUCGCUGCCGCCCGACAGCACGCACCGCGUCGUCGUCGUCGAGCCCAACAGCCACUUCCAGUUCACCUGGGUGCUGCCGCGCUUCUGCGUCGUGCCGCACGGCCACGAGCACAAGGCCUUUGUCCCGUACGGCAGGUACGCCGACGCCGUCGACGGCGCGCUGCACUGGAUCCGCGGCCGCGCUGCCCGCAUCACCGCGUCCGACGUCGUGCUGCAGGACACGGGCGAGAGCAUCCCCUACCAGUACCUGGUGAUUGCCACGGGCGCCGCGGUGCAGAGCGGGCUGCCGUCGCGCGUGAACAAUACGGACAAGAGCGAGGGCGUCGAGCUGUUGCGCGCGAUGCAGCAGCGUAUUGCACGGGCAGAGACGGUCGUCGUCGUGGGCGGUGGUGCCGCGGGCGUCGAGGUGGCGACGGACGCAAAGAGCCUUUACCCGGAUAAGCAUAUUAUCUUGGUGCAUUCGCGCGCCGCGCCGAUGCAUCGGUUUGGCAAAGAGUUGCAGACGGCCGCCAUGGAGGGAUUGACCCGACUCGAAGUCGAGGUAAUUCUGGAGGAUCGUGUCAUUGAAGAAGACGAUGUCAACGGCACAGUGACACUCAAGUCUGGUCGCAAAAUAGACUGCGGCUGUUUUAUCAACUGCACAGGUCAAAAGCCGAAUUCGUCGAUCCUCUCGACGCUGUCGCCAGCAUCCAUCUCGUCGUCGGGCUACAUCAAGGUGAAGCCCAGCCUGCAGCUGGUGGACGAAGCGUUCCAAAAUAUCUACAGCUGCGGUGAUGUCACGGAUACAGACGUUCCAACGCCCAAUGCGCGUUCGGCCAUGGCGCAGUCCAUCGUGGCAGCCGAGAACAUCCUGCUCGCGAUUGAGGGCAAGAAGCCGCAGCACGAGUACCGACACAGCUGGCCGGAGAGCUUCAUCAAGUUGACCCUGGGACUGGUAAGCGUUGACCUGCGCGGUCGCAUCGGGCAGUUGCUAACGGCAUACCAGGACCGCUCGGUCUCGCAUCUGAGUGAUGGCAAAUGCGAUAUCCUCUUCCGCAGCAAGGAGAAGAAGGAGGAGCUCAUGGCGGCCCAGUGCUGGAAGUCGCUGGGCCAGGUGCCGUACGAGGAUGACUACAUGCAACAGAAAUUGGAGAGCGCGUAG